UCAUCGGAAAAUAAUACUAAACAAUACAACGACGCAUUGAUUUGAUGUGCGUCAGAUUAAAGAUUCUCAUAGAGAUCGACAAAAUAUCGAAAAGUCGAUAUCGUUUCCGAUAUUUGUAUUUAUGAAAACCAAAAGUACUUUAACUUAUGAUAUCCUGUUAUUGAGGGAUAUAUUUCCUAGUAUAUGACAUGGAAGUGUAUCAAUGUGCCGGAGAAUUAUACUUUAGAGCUAAUUAAAAAAAAAAACUGCACCGGCAUUUACAUUUGAAAAAAAUAUCGAAUCGGUAAAUAUCGAUAUAAUUUUGAAAUCGCCAACUCUAUUUUAAAUCAGAACAGAUGUUUAAUGUCAAAAAGUGUAAACAAAAUUUCAUCUUAUCAAACAAAUAAAAAUAUGGAUACUGUCGCUUUAUUUUUGGAAGCUGAAUCUAGGGAAUUAAGGGCACAGAAUCAGGAAAAAAGGAGGAUAUUAAGGAACAAUAGUAAAAUAAAAGAUCUAUCUAAUGCAGCAUUUAAAAAAAACUAUCGCCUCAAUAAGCCUGCAUACGAGUAUGUCUUUGAACAAAUUAAAGAUAAAUUUAAAGAUGAUUAUCGCUCUGAUGCUGUGAAUCCAGAACAUAAGCUAGCAGCAUGCUUAAGGUUCUUCGCUGAGGGAAACUACCAACAUGGAGUAGGGAAAGAUUUCCAAUCUGCUAUUGGCCAAACAACUUUUUCGAGUAUCCUCAAGGAAACACUGGAUAUAAUGGAACAUACUUUAUGUAAGAACUGGGUAUCGUUAAAGAUGUCCGAAGAAGAAAUCCAGCGGUCCAAAACGGAUUUUUUUGAAAGGACGGGCUUCCCGGGAGUCAUUGGCUGUGUGGAUGGCACUCAUGUUCAAAUAGUUGCCCCCAUAGAAAAUAAGCAUCUGUUUCUAAACCGCAAGGGACAUUUCAGCCUCAACGUUAUGAUUGUAAUAAUCUCAAGCUAAAAUAAAAUUAUAGGUACAUACAUA